UGGGAUCCAGUGAAACAUUCAACAAGUUUUGUUUCAGAAAUACCCUGGACCAGAGAAAGAGUGGAAAAUGUCUGCUGGUGUGGAAAAGGCUUGCCAUCAAUGUAUUUCAAAAAUUGCCAGCAAUGCUUUCUUUAUCUUUGGGCUACUUGCUUUCCUUGCACUGCCGCUGUCAAUGGCCUUUGUGGGAAUGAAGUUCCUGGAAAGCUGCCCAAUUCAGCCAUCGAUUCCACUGUAUUUGCUGGUUGGAGGAAUAAUCGGCAGUUUGAAGGUCACCCUCUUGCUCUAUGAUUCUGCAAAAAUGAGACAACUUCUUUCCAAAUCUGUCAUGAUUGGCGAUGAUGAUGAUGAUGAAUAUCCCUGGCGACAAAAUCUGCACCGAUAUUAUGUCCAUGUCACACUCAGUCUGUUCCUCUUCGUGUGGUUUAUAUUGGGAAACUACUGGGUAUUCUCUGCGUAUCUGCCCAACUUCAUUCCGCCUUUUCACCAGCCUCAGGAUUACUGCGAUAAAACGGUGUAUAUAUUCUCAGUUGUUGUUCUUAUCAUAAGCCAUACAGUUUUAGGCCUUUUGGUACUGUGCACUUGCUGUUUAUUCUCUUUCUCAAACCAAUCUGAUGAUUCAGAAGAAGAGUGAAAAGCAGGCUGAAAAUUAGGCACAUGAAAAUAUGAUUAAAACGGAAAUUCCCGAUUAAACUACACAGUUUCAAGAAGUCAGACCUGGUUCAGCUAUUCCUGUUAUUUUCAGGUCUGGCCUGCUGUGCCCUGUUACACAGAUUCUACUUGUACAUCUAAAUGAAAAUAUCGGGCUAGAUUUUAGGCAUGUGCAGUCCUGCAACAGGCAUCUUUGUGCAUUUUCCACACUUGUUUGAAGUUUCUCAGUGUUUGCACUUGCAUGCUACUUCAAUAUCUUCAGUGAUAGUUUAAAUGAUUUGGCUCAAACUGAGUCAAGGCACAUGGGGGAACUGAUGAUUCAAUCUUUUGAGAAAUAUGAAUGCAGGUUCUGAUUUAUCUGGCUUCAGGCGAGAGAAAUAUAUUUUUGACUCAGAAGUUACUAAUUUAAGGUACUUAUGGUUUCUGAUACAUCCUGAAAUCCAUUCACCCCCAGUGUUGGAGGCCAUGCCUUUAACCAUUUAGGCCCUAAACUCUGAAAUCCCUGUCUAAACCUCUCCGUCUUCAUAUUUCCUAAUUUGAGACUCUCUUUAAAACCCAGCUUGUAGUCACUCAGCUACUAUCUCCCAUUUGGGCUCCAUGCUCAUUUUAAUUUUAUUACAUUUCUUUGGAAUGCCUCUUGUCAAAGUUG